AUGUCGGCUGAACCUAAUUCCGUUGCGCCUCUUACUGCGGAGGAGAUCGCAGAGAUUGCAGAGUACGAGAGAAUCGUGAAAUUCGCAGAAGACAUCGUUGCCGGCCGUCAUCCACGCAUCAAGAUCGAUGUUUCUCUUCUGGCCAACUGUCCUCUGAGUGGUCCUCCUGCAAUCGCCUCUCCCCUUCCCGCCACCGCUCCUAUUCCCUCGUACAUCUCCAACGCUCCAGCAGUAAAAAUCGAUUAUGGUGUCAAUUACUAUAAAGUUCUUGGUCUUCAAUCAGGUGUCAAGCAUGAUUCCAUUCUCCGUGGUUACAAGCACAAGAAGGAACAAUUCGGCCCUAACUCUGAAGUGGGCAGAGCCAAUCGCCAGGCCGGUGGUUUGAAUGCUAGCCAUGCUGAAGGCACUUGGCGCAAGAUCAGAAAGGCAUACUAAGUCCUCUCCAACCCUCGCCUGCGCCAACAAUACGAUGAUGGGCGCGCUCCUGCUCUCGCUUCAAGUACAUAUCCUGCCCUCGCUUCCGCAGAGCCUAAGGAGGCGAUCUGGGAGGUGUCUUUGGCGAACCGGGUCAAGCAACCCCCUCCGAAGCAUAACCAAAUCGAGGAAGACGCUGAUGGCGCUGCAUCGGAUACUGAUAG